UAAUAGAGCCAUGGAUACCCGCAAGGAAAACAAGGUAAGGAAACCCAUAAAACCCAAAGCGACGAAGGGCAAAGAGAAGAAAUACAGAAGCGGGAGAUUUACCAGGAGGAAAUCGCUGCGAUCUUUAGGGAAUUUCAUGGGAAGGAUCCUUAAAACUUUGGGCACUUUGGCGCACUUUGGCGACGCGCAGCCGCCAGACGCGGAGGACGACGACGGCGGCUUCGGGCAAAGCGCCACGGGGGGGUUCAAACAAGACGACUGUCCGCAGGUCUCCAGGGAGGGGACCGUGAAGAAGAGCUCCACGGUGUCUUCCUCUCACGGCUCGGUCAAAGACAGGCUGUCGUGGUGCUACGGCGACAAGACCCCCGGGGUGCUGGGACUGAAGAACCACGGCAACACCUGUUUCAUGAACGCCGUGGUCCAGUGCCUCAGCAACACGGACCUGCUCGCCGAGUACCUCGGGCUGGAGCAGUACAAGUCGGACUUGUGCUACCGCGGGAGGGUGAACGGGGAGGCGAGAGGCGAGGAGCGGCAGAGCGCCAGGGGAGAGGUGACCGAGCAGCUGGCGUCGCUGGUUCGAGCGCUGUGGACGCUGGAGUACACGCCGCAGCUGUCUGUGGAGUUCAAGAGCAUAGUGGCCAAGUACGGAUCUCAGUUUCGGGGAAACUCUCAGCAUGAUGCCCUCGAGUUCCUCCUCUGGCUUUUGGACAGAGUUCAUGAAGAUGCUAAUUCCAGCCCAAACAACAACAGCAGCAGCAGCAGCAGCAGCAAGACCAAAGCCAACGCCAAGCAGGGACCCAGUUCAUACGAGGAUCCUGUCAGUCCCAGUUCAGCCAACAUACAGCAGCCUCGAGAUCGGCACAGUUUUGUCCAGGAACACUUCCAGGCUCAGUACAGGUCUUCUCUGACGUGCCCUCAUUGCCUUAAGCAGAGCAACACCUUCGACCCGUUUUUAUGUAUCUCCCUGCCUAUCCCCCUACGACAAACCAGGUCGAUGUGUGUGACACUUGUGUUCAGUACGAAGGGUCAGCGGUACCUGCGGGUGGGGUUGGCUGUACCUCUCUUUGGUUCUUUGUCCUGCCUGAGAGCCAUGGUGGCAGAGGAGGGCAACAUCUCCCCGGACCAGGUCAUCCUGUCCGAGUUGUAUUCCACAGGUUUCCAGCGUUCCUUUUCGGAUGAUGAUGACCUCACCGCUAUUGCUGAUAGCGACGUCGUCUACGCCUUUCAGGCUCCUCCCCCCUAUAGUCGUGGAGGCUCCACCACACCACACUCAGGGUAUCACCACAGCCUCCCCUCCUCUCCCUACACCUCUACGGCUGGACCGGAUGGUCAGAGGUUACCUCCGUCUGGCACCCUCUCCUCUGAAUACCUGAACCAGGGCAGCUCCACCAAGGUCCUCCUCCUCAUCUGCAACACAGCAGGAUCUGGCCAGCAGGCUGUCCGCUGUAGAGUUAAAGCUUCAUCUUGUGAAUUGGUUUUGUUAAGCACACAGCAGCAGAGUCAGGGAGCAUCUCCCUGGAACCAGUUUGCAGGGCAGAGCAUCCUCAGCAAGCUCUAUUAUUUGAUGCUGAAUGGAUCUCAGGCUCAGAAUGCCGGGGUGCUGUUUAAGGUCAGAGUGGUGGGGGUAUCGGCAGUCUACAGCUACCUGUCCCCGCAGGACAGCAGACCACUGUACCAUCCUGCAGUUGACAGAGCUUUGAAGUUCUGUGGCCCUGGGGGACCUCCCCAUGUGAAGCUUGUCAUCGAGUGGGAGCACAAGACUAAAGAAUGUCUGUUUGGCAGCAUCCAGGAGGAGGUGGUAAAAGAUGCAGAGAGUGUCAGAAACCAGCAGCAGCAGCAUCUGCAGCAGCAUAGCUGUACCCUGGACGAGUGCUUCCAGCUAUAUACCAAAGAAGAACAGCUUGCCCCAGACGAUGCCUGGAAGUGUCCCCACUGUAAGCAGCUUCAGCAGGGCAUGGUGAAGAUGAGCCUGUGGACUCUUCCUGACAUAUUGAUCCUUCAUCUCAAACGCUUCCGACAGGUGGGCGAACGGAGGAACAAGCUGUCAACCCUGGUGCGUUUCCCCUUGACUGGUUUGGACAUGGCCCCCCAUGUAGUAAAGAGGAGUCAGAGUAUAAAGAACCUGAACUUAGGGGCUUGGCCACCUUCCUGGAAGCAGCCCUCAGGCCAACACCACCAACCUGCUGACAUGAUCCUCCCCCACGACUUUCUGUACGACCUCUACGCUGUGUGUAACCAUCAUGGAGGAAUGCACGGAGGACAUUAUACUGCCUACUGUAGGAACUCAGUGGAUGGACAGUGGUACAGCUACGAUGACAGCAGUGUAGACUUGGUGCCAGAAGAAGAAGUAUGUACCCGAGGAGCUUACAUCCUUUUCUACCAGAGACGCAACACCAUUCCUCCAUGGUCGGCCAGUUCCUCCGUCAGAGGAUCCACAAGUUCAUCAAUGUCAGACCACUGGCUAAUCCGGCUGACAGGGGACAGUAAGAGAGGCAGUCUAGUCUCUCGAUCUUCCACCACCUGCCCAUCUUCCGUACCUGACUCGCCUGAGUCUCCAGUCUUCCUUGAAAAUUGUACUAAAGAGGAAAGAGGGGGGUUUGACAGCAGGCCAUUUAUCAGGGGUCUUCAGGGACGCAGCGUGAGCAUGAGAGCCCCCAGCAAGACCAAGGACACCCUGAGCAAAGUGCUUCCCCUCCGCUGGUCCUUUGGUUCAAAGGACAGACGGAAACCUGACCCAGUGCCUCCAUCUGUCCAAGAUCCUGCCCCUGUGGAGCUGGUACAGUACUUGGAAUCUGGCCGGCGGCCCCGGUGCACAAAGGAUUCAAUAGUAACAUUGAUGAGCGAACCACGCAGCACAAAGGAGGCUGCUGAUGGCAAGGCUGCAACCAACCUCCGAUCUUCCAGUCUUGGGAGCAUAAGUUGUGUUGGUAAGGCAGGAGACGAGUAUCCACAAGUCCCAGAGGGCCAGAGGAGGCCAUCAGAUAAGGCAGCCAGCUUGAGACGCAGCAAGGGGGGCCAGACAAGAGAUGAGAGCAUUACAAAUAUCAGCAGUAGCUCCAGCAGCAACACCCUCACCAGGAAGAAGGAUGCCAGGAGGCAGAGCUCCUCCAAAGCUCCCCAGGAUACUGAGACAAAAAAGAGUUCCAGUGCUGGAGUUCAGCCCAGCUACAGUACUCCCAGCCUUCAUGAUGGUACUCUGAGAAGACAAAAGGGGGACAGGGCUGAUAGGGAACACCACGGUACGUAUGAAGGAAACUCUAAGACCAAGAAAGGGGACGUGCCCAAGAGCCAUGAAGGACUACUCUCCUUCUUCAAAGGUAACUUCCUGAAGAAGGAUAAGGACUCGAGGAAGUCUAAGGAGGGUGAGCCACAGAAAGGAGGAGGUGAGGAAGGAGGCAGAAGGACCAUCUCUAGGCUGUCACUGUCCAACGGAACAGCAGGAGGAGGAACUGGGGUGGAAGGAGGCAAGUCUAAUGGAUCAGGCCAUCGUGAUGAGCUGGCAAAUGGGAAGGUGGGACGAACCACGGCUGACAUCAAACGCUCCCAGAGCUCUUCCAACAUCCCCACCAAAGCGGAGCAUAGCAUGCGCAGGACAGCAUCUUUGCAUCGUAAUGGGAUGUCUACAGCCCCAGCACCAUCACGUAGCCUGACGUCAGACAAACCCUCUUAUGGCACCCUGCAGAGGACUCGCUACAGCACAACCUCACUGGGACGCAAAAGGACAGUCCCCGAGUCCAGCUUCUGACCCAGAUAUUUAUCACAUUCACACAUACACAAAGCCUUUUAUCUGUCAUACAGUGAAUGACGUCCAAUCUCUGACAUCAAAGCAAUAGAGCUCAGUUCACAGUGGUAUGCCUUUUUGUUCCCUGAAAUUGAACUGGCUGAAAUGGUUUGCACCAUGGAGAUGAGAGACAUGAAGCAGAUGAAGGGUGCUUAAAUGCUGGGAUAUAAGGAGCAGAAUGAAAUGUCCAUUAAACAUUAGAGGGAGUCCAUUUUUAUUCUGUUUUUUAUAACUUAAAACAAGUGCCUGAGCAACGAAUAUGCAGUUUAGACCAAUGAGUUUGUCUGUUUAGCACUGGAAGCACGGAAUCGCUUACACAAACACAUGCACAUACAAGCAUACUAUCCACAUUUGUGUCUUAUUACUGUGGUUUGAGUGUUGGAAUUCAUCAUUCCAUUUUGAAUUCUUAUGGUUGUGUGCUUACAAUCAAGACACACUGAUUGUGUUCAUUUAUAGGAUUGUAAUGUGUUCACUUGAUUAAUGUUGGUCCUUUAAGCUGCAGUUUCUGAUUAACAUAAAUUAUUCAUCUUUAAUCCCUUGUUUAAUGUUUAUUUAAAGUUCAGGAUGGCCUUUUUUUUAUGAAGCGUUGAAUUAUCCCCAUGUGACCCAGACUGCAGUUGUUGUUUAUCCCGAGUUUAACCUGCAUUGGAAAUACCAUGACCUCUAACUAUAAUAAUUCGCUGGGAUUGGUAUUCUGUAGACUCACUGACCUUGGUCUCUUAAUCAUUGUUUGGCAAUGUUUCUCUACUAGGACCAGUAGCGGUUUCACUUUAUAGCUGAGCCUGAUUAACCUCCCUGUGACGGAAGGGAAUUUAGAAAAUACUUUUGUCUGCUGUGAAGUGUUAUAUUAAUGCAGAUGGAUAAUGUUUUAUACCUUUUAUAUAACAUCUCUUAAUCAUACUGAACGCAUUCCAUGUUUUUUUUCUUUUACUAUUUGGUGUAAUCACCUUAUUUAAUUUUUUUUUCCGUUUAUGAUUCCCUGUGUUUUCCAGAAGGUUAUUAAUUCCUUCUUCAAACAGUCGAAGCCUAGAUUAAAAAAAAUUUAAAAAUGAGAAAUAGAAUACACAUUUUUAUUUUUCCUUUUUAUGUAAGCAUUUACUGUGUGUUUACUGUACACUACCUAGCUGUCAACUAGUGUGUCUGUUUGUACACCUUCUUGCAGCACAUACAUCCCUUAAAAUUGCAUUCAGUCACAAAUGUAACUAUAUGUUCAGUCAAUAGUAGUGUCCCUCCAGCUGGAUGGCCCAUAAGAAACAAUUUUAAUGUUAAAGACUAGUGAGCAAAACUAAGCUCCACCCAUGGUCCCACCUCCCAGUCUGUGAUUGGACAGUUUUUCAUUUUGGCAUGGACAAUAAGUUUCUCCCCAUAGCCUCCUCAUGAAAACUAAUGAAUGCUCUGCAUUUAGUAUUUGCAGGUCAACACAGUAAAUGCAAACAUAAAAAUGAAAUGCGUAUUAUAAAGUAUUUUAAUGUUGGCAUUUUGCAUUUUUCCUCAGUGAAAAAUUCUUGCAGUUCCUUUGUGAAUCCGGCAUAAUGAAGGUGUUGCUGUGCACUUUUCACAGGGUAGCGUAUUAUGAUAAACUAUGAUAGUGUUCAUGUCCCGAGAGAUUCAUUUAUGCUCUCUGCAAAAUUUAUUUUUGGGAACAUGUAAGCAUAUUUUAUUUAAUUUCAUGUAAUCUGUGUUAUUUUUGCUGAAUUGGACCUUGUUUUUUUCCAGUAUGAACUUGCUUCCAAUUUAAAUAGUUGUUUACUUGUAUGAAAUACACAGUAAAACUACACUCUUGUACUUUUGGCUACUCUGCAGCUUCAACCAGAGCCACUGGAAGUAAAGUCACUUACAUAAAUGGUGGAGGAAAGCAGAUUGUUAAUUUCAUUUUCCUGGCACAGAUGUCCUCAGCCACAUAAUUGUGAUGGGUAACAUCCCUGAGUUAUCAUAGUCUGCUUCAAAUUCUGGUUGUACUAUAACAGUAACUUGCCAGUUGGAUCGCCUCAUUUGCUGCUGCAGUGAUGUUUAGAAGUUAUAUGUGCACAGAUAUUUCCCAUGAUGCUUUCUCAGACUCUACAUAUGUAUGGCCCUAUUAUGAUAUUUGCACAGUGCUGAGAUUUUAUUUGCACUUUACACAUAAGGGAAAUAACUACUACUAAUGCUAAAUAAUAUUUUCUAACUGGAUGACAUUGCAAUCCCUCAAACAAUUUACUGACAGGGUUAGAUGCAAAAUGAAAAUUGAAAAUACCAAGUUCUGUAAAAUUAACAUAUAUUUAAUAAGCAGCCUCAGAAAUUGCUGUGCUAUAACUGAACAGUCAACAUAUUGGGAUGGAGUAUUCACCCUCCAUGAUAAUCUAUUGGACCAGUUAUCCACUUGUACAGUGUAGAAGAAAUAGCAUAAUCAUCACCUCUUGCAUAGUCUUUUGUUUAUAUACAGCUUCAGUUAAUAAUUUCUUGAGGUUCACAGCCUCCAGUUGCAUAGAGAAAAGCACUAUGAGCUAUUUACUCUUAAUCUUGAAACCUGAAAACCAACACUUUUUAUCUAAUAUCAAGAAUUUGUAAUGGACUUCCAAAGGACAAUGACUGCUUGAUUUACUGUACAUACACUUUAGUGCAGUCAUUAAAUUGAUGACUGCAUAAAUAAAUAAAAAAAUUAAAUGAAAACAUUAGAAACAGGUAGUUUAUUCACAUCAACUAUGUCCAAUCACAUAAUGACAGUAUUCACAUUUGAAUGUGAGUAUGUUAUGCCUUCAUUUACUGUUUUUUCAAAUGUGUAACAGCAGCCUUAGAAUUAUCUUUUGACUCAGUCUUAAUGAGAACAAGUAACCCCACAAAGUCACCUAGAUUGAGAGACUCUGCACAAACAAAACCAGAGUUAAAAAUUUGCUGCAAAUACUGUUUAUUGUUCAAGGCUUUUUACGAUGCCUCACGUCGAUCUCACUUUAAAUCCCAGUUCAAAGAAUAUCACUGUUACUCUUUAAAGUAAACAAGCAUGUCGUUUUUAUCGGGAAGGAUACCUAUGAAAAUCAAAGAGUUGAAGCAAAUGGAAGCCAGUUUUCUAUGCAGAUCAUCAGUUUGUAGCUCAUUGCGUUGAACUCUUGAAUUAACAAUUUAUCAUGUUUAUGCCAAGGGUACAAGCUUCUGUUUCUUAUGAACGACGAUACUAAAGAGCACUAUGCUUUCGAGUCUAUGACGCGUGAAAUUCUUUAUUUCAGAGGAGAGGGUUUGGUAUCACAUAGUGCAGCCAUAAUUUUUUCUGUUAGCAGAUGUCUACUUUCCCUACUAAAUAACUCUCCAACUGCUUCAACUAGUUGUACUGUUUGCAUUUUAUGUUAGAUUUUACUAGCCAAAUCAGGGAAACUCAAUGACCAAAAUUUCCAGAAUGUAAUGGGCAGCCAGGAAAGAAAAAAAACUUUUUCUUUUUAAAUUCUAAUAUUAAAUCUUUAGAUUCCUUUUGCCUCUAGCUUAAUUCUCAGUACCUACAUUGCACAAAACUCUUAAACAACAUUUAUACAUUUUCUUAAAAAGGUGCCUGAGAUUUCCCCAAAACGUGUCUCCCAGAUAGCAUCAUCAUUUAACGGUCUUGCAGAUAGAUGUCUAAUGUUUCUAUUCUUAUCCUCAAACCAAAAAGGCCAUGCUGACAAGUAAUUAAUUUUGCUGGAGGCAUUAGUCAUAGCGUUGAUUAAUGGAACACUUUGUUGGAAAAAGCCUUUUUCUUUUCAGGGUGAUUUUUUCAGAAUAUUUUUUAUUUCUGCAACAAAUGAGUAAAAAUAUUUGUGGAUUUUUGUGUGUUGAUUUAACUACUAAGACAAUGUACUGAGUGUGUUGACUCUCACUCAACCCUUAAAAAAACACAUUACAUUUAUUUUCACUAGCACUUUCAGUGAGCUCUAAUAUAUUUUUCUUUUGAGCCCCUUUCUAAAUGUCUAAGCAAUAAUAGUUGAAUGUCUUAUUCAUUAGUGUUCUGAAGUGCUGUUAUGAAAUAAAACUUGUUCUUUGAGAGGGCGCAUGGAAAGUUGGCCAUUAAAGAAGCCAAACAGAAGAUAUUGUUCGAAAAAUCAAAACUCAACACUCAAUACAUUAAUAAAUCACAAAGUGAGAGACUUAUGUUUCUCCCUUAAAUGUAACCAUACAAUGAACCGUAUGAAUGAAUUCAGAAAGGGCUGAAAUUACUAUAAUCACAUAGUUGUUAAAAUAACACACUGUAGCCAGAGAUUUGUGCUCUCAAAAGCCGAGUGCCCAUGAACUGCAGGGACAGGAUGACAGCUGUGGCUUUGUAUUAAGCUAAAUAAAUUGAUGUAUUCAUAUUGACGCUCUAUGUUGUCCAUACUGAAAUGUGUGAAUUAAUGCAUGAAAAAUCAAUACCCUUAGUGUACUCUCUAGAGCGUCCAGAGAGGAUUAAAAAUAACCUCAAAUUGUGGAAUCAUUUCUUCACCUUCUUUAAAUAUAUAAAAUAUAUGAAUCUGAAUGAGAAAACAUACACACUUUUACAAAGCUGACCAUUUCCAUCUUUUCAGUACAUUUUCCUACAUCCAGCUUAAAACACCAAGUCAAAGCACAUUUAGAAGUAGCAAAUAAUCACUGAUAAAUUGACUUUGAUAAGUUGAGUUUAAAUAGGGACAUGUGAUCUGUAUUGCAUUAUAAAUUUAAAAGGUUGUUUCUGGUUUUCUUUGCAUGGCUCAAUCCACUCAUGGCCACAUAAUAUACACAAUGUUUACUCUGCCAAACUGAGCACUGCUGUUGAGUGUUAACACAAUUUUUGUGAAAUGUGGUUUGAAGAUGUUUUUAUAUGCAAUUUUUCUACAUUUUAUUAAAAAAACAAAACAAAUUAAUGUAUAUAUUUGUGGAUACACACAGGUAGAACUGUGUGGGUGUGUGUGUGAAAGACAGAGACAGGAGAGAGAGAGAGAAUAAAUAACCUUAUUAUCAAUGACAUUUGACCUGUGGGUGUAUUGAUUUGGGACUAAGAUGCCAAUCCAGCAGAACUCACAUGCAAUGUAUUCCAUAUUUUUGGAUGUAACAAGUGUGCUUUCACUGUAAAACAACAGUUUCUGCCAGAAUUGUCUGUACAUGAUGGUAUAUUAUUUUAUUUUUCAA